CAAGUUUCAAUAGUGCUCGGCGAAAAUUACCGCGUUUGCAAAAGAGGCUACACAUGCUCUAUAUAAUAUGAUUGUAAACACACACGUUGAGCGGGAAAACGCGCAUCGAUAGGCUGCCACGUCAUUAGCGCAGUUGGAAGCAGUGGCGGGGUAGAGAGAGAGAGAGGGGGGCACCGGAGGCGAGAGGCCUCGCCGCAGCCGCAGGCGGCCAUGGUGAGCGCGAUGAACGGUGGUGGCGGCGGCAACGGCGGGGUGCUGAAGCGGAUGGGCGCGAUGCGGGUGCAGUACUACUGCGUGAUGGGCGCGGUGGCCGCGGCCGUCGUGCUCACCACGCUGCGCUACAUGCCGGGCCCCGCCGCCGGCAGCGUCGUCCGCGCGACCCCCGCCGAAAGCGGCGGCGUCGGGGAAGCCGUGGGGGAUGCGUUGAGCGCCGGGGGAAAGGCGAAGGAGGCGAACAAGGGAGAGGGGGUGGUGCUGUUCAACUUCGGCGACUCGAACAGCGACACGGGCGGGGUGGCGGCGGUGAUGGGGAUCCGCAUCGCGCCGCCGGAGGGCCGCGCCUACUUCCACCACCCCACCGGGCGCCUCUCCGACGGCCGCGUCAUCCUCGACUUCAUCUGUGAGAGCCUGGGAACGCACCAUCUGAGCCCGUACAUGAAGCCGCUGGGCUCGGACUUCAGCAACGGGGUCAACUUCGCCAUCGCCGGAUCGACGGCCACGCCGGGGGACACCCCGUUUUCGCUGGACGUGCAGCUGGAUCAGUUCCUGUUCUUCAAAGAAAGAUGCCUGGAGUCUAUCGAGAGAGGUGAGAGUGCCCCAAUUGAUAAGCAAGAUUUUGAGAAAGCUCUAUACACUAUGGACAUUGGGCAUAACGACAUAAAUGGUGUUCUCCACUUGCCCUAUGAUCAAAUGCUUGCAAGGCUUUCCCCCGUAGUUGCAGAAAUCAAGAAAGCUAUUAAGACAUUGCAUAAGAAUGGAGCCAGGAAGUUUGGGAUACACGGGACGGGAGCGCUGGGAUGCAUGCCUCAGAAGCUUGCUAUGCCGAGGGGUGACGACAGCGGUCUCGAUGAGAAUGGAUGCGUCGCAAGCAUCAACAACGUUUGCAAGAAGUUCAAUGCAUUGCUGAGUGAAGCCUUGGACGAUUUGCGCUUGCAACUGACAAAGGCGACGAUCGUCUUUGUGGAUAUGUUUGCUAUCAAGUAUGAUCUUGUUGCCAACCACACGAAAUAUGGGAUUGAGAAGCCGUUGAUGACAUGCUGUGGUCAUGGAGGUCCCCCUUACAACUACGACCCCAAGAAAAGCUGCAUGACUUCAGACAAGGACCUGUGUAAGCUUGGCGACAAGUUCAUAAGCUGGGACGGAGUCCACUUCACAGAUGCUGCAAAUGGCAUAGUAGCUUCUAAAGUACUCAGUGGUGAAUACUCCAUUCCCAGGAUCAAGCUGGUCAGCCUGGUCAGCUCUGCAAAAUCCGAUGAUUAAUGGUGAUUCAACAUCUUAAUUAUCACUUUAUUUGGUUUGUCACAAGGAUGAUGAAGAUGAAACUACUUAAAAAAAAUUAACAGUGGGACCCAUCCACGGCCUUCAUUGGAGGCAGGGUUGUGUGAGGCCGGAGACUCAAACCCUCGACAGGCUCGGUCCCUCCCUGGGACUUUGCCACCGGGCUGUGAGCCCGUUCACAACUACUAACAGAACUGACCCCCCAAAGUCCAUUAAUUUGAGGUUCUUACAGCCAUUGGGGACUGAUGGGAUUUGAGUUUUUCUUUUCCUCUUUGUACAAUUGAGGUGUAUGUAUAUCCUAGUUACAUGGAGAUGAAGGUGGUUGUACCAUGUAUAUUUUUUUCUUCUGAAUUUUGGAUCAAUAAAUAGAGAUGAAUAUAUAACAUGCUUUUACCAAUUUGUGGGAUAAA